GGCAGCAGGCGGGGAGGAGGCAGGGGGCACCAGCUCGGCAGCAGGCGGGGAGGAGGCAGGGGGCACAAGCUCGGCAGUAGGCGGGGAGGAGGCAGGGAGCGGGGAGGAGGCAGGGAGCACAAGCUCGGCAGCAGGCGGGGAGGAGGCAGGGAGCACAAGCUCGGCAGCAGGCGGGGAGGAGGCAGGGGGCACAAGCUCGGCAGCAGGCGGGGAGGAGGC